GGCUGGGGAUGGAUGGUAGUGCUGUCAGCGUUCUUCCAGUCGGCAUUGGUGUUCGGAGUGCUCCGCUCCUUUGGCGUCUUUUUCGUGGAGUUUGUGGCGGCGUUUGAGGAGCAGGCAGCGCGCGUCUCCUGGAUCGCCUCCAUAGGAAUCGCGAUGCAGCAGUUUGGAAGCCCGGUAGGCAGUGCCCUGAGCACGAAGUUCGGGCCCAGGCCCGUGGUGAUGACCGGAGGCAUCUUGGCUGCGCUGGGGAUGCUGCUCGCCUCCUUUGCUACCUCCCUGACCCACCUAUACCUCAGUAUUGGACUGCUUUCAGGCUCUGGCUGGGCAUUGACCUUCGCUCCGACCCUGGCCUGCCUGUCCUGUUACUUCUCUCGUCGUCGAUCCCUAGCUACUGGACUAGCACUGACAGGCGUCGGCCUCUCCUCCUUCGCAUUUGCCCCCCUUUUCCAAUGGCUGCUCAGCCAGUAUGCCUGGCGGGGGGCUCUGCUGCUGGUGUCUGCCCUCUCCCUUCACCUCGUGGCCUGUGGUGCUCUCCUCCGCCCACUGUCUCUGGCUGAGGACCUUGCUAUGGGAGGCCCAGGGGCCCAACUCACCUCCCUCCUCCAUCAUGGCCCCUUCUUUCGGUACACCAUUGCCCUCACACUGGUCAACACUGGCUACUUCAUUCCCUAUGUCCACCUGGUGGCCCAUCUCCAGGACCUGGAUUGGGACCCCCUACCUGCUGCCUUCUUACUUUCAGUGGCUGCUAUUUCUGACCUUGUGGGGCGUGUGGCCUCUGGGUGGCUGGGAGAUGCAGUCCCAGGGCCUGUGGCACGACUCCUGAUGCUCUGGACCACCUUGACUGGAGUGUCACUAGCCUUGUUCCCUGUAGCUCGGGCUCCCACAGCCCUGGUGGCUCUGGCUGUGGCUUAUGGCUUUACAUCAGGGGCCCUGACCCCAGUGGCCUUCUCUGUGCUGCCUGAACUAGUAGGGACUGGAAGAAUUUACUGUGGCCUAGGACUGUUGCAGAUGGUAGAGAGCAUCGGGGGUCUACUGGGGGCUCCUCUGUCAGGCUACCUCCGAGAUGUCACAGGCAACUACACGGCUUCUUUUGUGGUGGCUGGGGCAUUCCUUCUUGCAGGAAGUGGAGUUCUCAUCACGCUGCCUCACUUCUGCUUCCUAGCUACUACCUCCAGGCCCCAGGACCCUGUAACAGAGGCAUUGGAUACCAGAGUCCCCCUGCCCAAGGAGGGACUGGAAGAGAACUGAACUCCACAAAGAGGCAGUCAAGCCCAGAAAGCCAGCACCAGGCCCCAUCUUUGUAUCCACAGAAUUGCAGUGCCUUAAAAUUCUUGGUCUGCCUCCCCUCAGAACAGGCCUGGAGCUCCUGCAAUGUGUGUGCUAACCCUUCAUAUUUUGUUUUUUAUUACUCUUCCUUUGCUCCUCCAAUUUUUCUGAAGGAUCCAGGAGUCCCUGCUCCACUGAGCUGUGAAUCAACUGUGAAAAUCAAAGGUUUAUCAUGUUUUAUA